AUGUCCCCCCUGCAGCAUCCCCAGCAAUGUCCUCCAGCCGAUGCCGGCAUCUGUCUUUAUGGGUUCCGUUCCCUGUGACGUCAGGACGUACGGGGACGGAACUGGUGGGAAAUUUAAAAAUGUCAAAAAUAAAACAUUAUUGUAUUAAACCAUUUCACAUACAUUUUGUCCCUAGUGCUUUGUCCUGUGCCCUGCCUGCAUUUUUACUGUUCUUUCUGCCUUGAAACUGAGAUAUGUCCAUGGCGUCCAAAAAGUGUCCCUUUAGGUCAAAAGCGGUUUUAGAUCGGCUAGAGAACAGUGAUAGUAAAUUAGAACCACUUGCAGAAUUGA